AUGCACAUUUGGCGCCCACCCUUCGACCGGCCGCCACCCUCCGGCGACAGCGAGGACCACUUCCGCCGACCCGAGGACGUCCGCGGCCCGCCGCCGGCCGACCACCCAGACCCCGACUCCCUGGACGGCGAGCUGGACAGCCUGGAGGGGAGCCGGCCGGGGCCCGCCCGCGACGAUGACUUCUCCAUCAACGACGAGCCGCCGGCCGUCUACAAGGCACCGUCCGGAGUGCCGGCGCAGGACGAGCAGCCCGGCGUGGGUCCUUACGCCCCGCUGAAGGCGCAGGGCGGCGACUCCAACUUCUUCGCCUACUUCCUCACGGCCGUCGUGCUCUGCAUCAUCUUUUACCUCAUGUUCCACAAUAAGCAGAAGAUCCUGGCGCUGAUCAUCGAGGGCCGCAGCCCGUCGGGCCGUCGGCGACCGCACUCGUCCCAGUACCGCAAGCUGGACAACAGUCUGGAGGAGGUCAUCAGCUCACAGCAGCGGCAGGAGAUAUCCAGUAACAUCAUCUACUAGACCGGCCGGCCGCCGCGGCCGCCGCCGACGAAAACUCUCGACAGUGUCAGAAAAUCGCGGUCAUCCCGACGCGUUUGGCACCGGAGACGGGCCAGUGAGGCGGCCGCGGCCGGCGGAGCAGCGUCCGUGAGAGCGCGCGCGCGGCGGAGCGGAGCCGGCCUGACGGGACGGCGGCGGCGGCGGCGGCGCUGCGGUCGGCACUGCGUCCCCGGCCUGCGGCCCCGGGCUCAAGGGGUGACGACGCGCUUCGCCAGCACGCUCUGCACGUCCGGCCGCAGGUUCUGAUCGCUGAACGGAAAAUUGCCGAGUGUUGCGGGUAAUAGACGAGUUGCCGUUGGUCCGAUCGAGCUGUUUACUCAAGCACAAGCGAUGCCAGUUGACGCACCGGACGGUGUGAAUUGAUUCCAGUUGGGUGGCGCUUAUUUUCGAGUGAUCUAAGACGGACUGGUGGUUUGGUUCGCCAUGUACCGGGUUGGGCACUGGCGGCCGUGUUCCCACGCGUGGGCCGCUGAGCACGGCCUGGCCGACCAGCUGUCCGCCGGGCCCGCGGCUGCGGCUUUGGUGUGCGUUCACUGACAGCCGCCCGUGUCGCUGGCGGCUUUGGCUUAGGUGAGGCGUCAGUGUGCCGUCGGCGCGGCGUGCGAUCUCUGUAGGGCGACACUUCGGGCGCCGCCGUGUGGUCCACAGCGGCGCCUCCGGUCAGGUCAGCUUCAGUGACCCGUAGCAUGACCCUGGCGACCCUGCGGCCGGUGUGACCUUCGUAGCGCGUUGAUCGCACGCAUUCUGUCCAGCUAUACACGGCGCGUUGGUCGCUUGGAGUUUACGGGAGGGGAGAUUCUAUGCUGUGAUUGGGAGGGAGGGAGAGCCUCUUAAUUGUUUAAACUAGACCACGUGUCAGGCAUUUGUGUAUCAUAAAAUAAAUGAGUGACUCCA